AUGUCGCGUAGAAUUCGGAAAACUAGCCUUUUCAGCAAGGAUGUGGCGUCGUUAAUGUAUGCAUUUGGAGACGUUGCGCAGCCAUUGCCUGAAACAGUGCAAUGCAUCGAUGAACUAGUGGUAUCGUACUUGAGCGAUAUCUGUGCGAAUGCGUACUUUUCUGCGCAUACGGUGAAGAGGAACAAGAUUAAGGUUGAGGAUUUCAGGUUUGUGCUACGAAAGGAUGCUGUGAAAUUAGGGAGGGCAGAGGAAUUGAUACGCAUGAACAAGGUGAUUACUGAUGCGAGAAAACAGUUUGACAACUCUGAAGGAAAAUCGUUGAAACGGGUGAAGGACGAUGGAGACGACGACCAUGACCAUGACCAUGACAACGACCACGACCAAGACCACGACCACGAUCAUAUGUCUGGUGAUGACGAAGAAGAGUCUUCAAUGGCGGAAGCAAUGCCUGUGUCUCGUCCCGUAGGAAGGCCAAGAAAGAAGAAGACAGAAACCAAUAAGAAGCAGCGCACAUCAUAG